AAAACCACCAUAUCAGAGGCGUCUCGCAAAGCACUGACGUGAUAUGGUACACGAUGCCUAACAUGUCAAACUCUCGAGUUCGUCAGUUCGGGUUCAGUUGUAUUUGUGACCUGAAAAGUGUUAUGUGUCUCGGGAAAAUAAAGUAUAAAUUUAGACUGUCCCAACUACAGGUCAUCACACACUCUGUGUCGUUGACCAGCCGUCUGGCAAAGAAUUCUUCAGUAUGCGUCACUCUAGUCUUAUUUGCAUUGCAGCAGUACUGCUGUACGGUGUCUGCGAGGCAGUCAGUCAGCCUGGACCUGUGCUCCCAACAUUUUGUGAAGGGUACCUCGCACUGGUGUGUCCCCCAGUUUUGAUGCCUGUGUGUGCCAGCACUGGAACCACCUACCCAAAUCUCUGCGUUGUGUGUUCAGCCAUGAGAAAUGAGGAGCUACCGACCACACUCACGUACACGAAGGGUCGCUGCGCCACCGAUUAACACCUCCCCCAAGAGUGGAAGACAUCGUGGAUUCAGCAAUACCGGGCACUGGCUAAGCUUGAAAUCAUUCUCGCCUUGAGAAAUUAAUUCCAGAAAAAAAAAACCUCUUGAAUUUUUGGAGCUAUAUGACAAUGAUAAUUGAAACACUAAUUUUUGCAUUAUUCGGGGUAGAGGUUUUGAGCAUUUAUCAAGUAGCAGUUAAUUAAAGGAAACAUGUUGCCUGAUUUUUGAAAGUUAUGAUUAACUCAGAAACACAGACCUUUAGUUUUAAUUUUGCAACUUUCCAGAGAAAUUUGUAAAUCAGUUUCCUCACUAUGAAAAGCAGCAAGCAACGCCAUUCAUCAAAACUGAGUGUACUUCAUUGAAACGUGAAUCCUUUGAAAAAAAUUGUUUACUCCUCGGCGUGUAUAAUGUGGAAAAUUGGAGUUAAUCACUGUCUGUUCAAAAACAGAAUAAAUCGGUGACAAUAA